GUAACUUAAUCUAAUGUCGUUUAUUUAUGACUUUUCUCUCAUUAUAUUUAUUGACUUUUUUUAUUCGUCGAUGCGAUGCAAUGUCUGGUUUUCCACACACUUUCACGUUCAUGAACGAGUUCAGUCGUGAUUAUUAAGAUUUUGUCACACAAGUAAUUUUUAGAUUGCUUGUUGAAGGAUUAGCAUAGGCACGUUGUUUGAAGAUUUGGUCUAAUGGGGUUUUUGGAGCUGUUUUCUGUUGCGUCUUUUCCGGUGAUUAAAGUAUUAUUGGUUACUGCACUUGGCUUGUUUCUUGCACUGGAUAACGUAUCAGUAUUGGGAGAAGAUGCAAGGAAGAAAGUGAAUCAGCUUGUGUUUUAUGUGUUUAAUCCAUCACUGGUGGGUAGCAAUCUGGCCAAAACGAUUACUUUUGAGAGUGUUGUUCGGUUGUGGUUCAUGCCGGUGAAUAUUCUUGCCACAUUCAUAUUAGGAUCAGCAUUGGGAUGGAUUUUGAUUAAAAUGACAAGGCCUCCCAAACAAAUGGAAGGUCUAAUCUUGGGUUGUUGUUCUGCUGGAAAUUUAGGGAACUUGCCUAUGAUCAUUAUUCCGGCUAUAUGUAAAGAGAAAGGAAGUCCUUUUGGAGAACCUGAUCUUUGCCAUCAAUAUGGAAUGGCUUAUGCUUCACUUUCUAUGGCGAUUGGAGCAGUUUUUCUAUGGUCAUAUGUUUACAACAUAAUGAGGAUUUCCUCAAGUAGAAUCCAGAAAGAAGAAAGUACAAGCAUUGACAACAGCAUAUUGAAGGCUUCAAGGGAGAAAUCAGAGUCACACCAAGACAAAUUUUCAGAAACACUUCAGCCUGCAAAAGACACCAUGGAUGAUGCAUAUACCAUACUACUUCCUGGUCCAGAAUCAGAGGAAAAAGUUUCAUUUUCAACUAAAAUUAAGCACCACUUGAGGAUGAUUUCAAGCAACACAAAUUUCAAAGCCAUGUUUGCCCCAUCAACCCUCGGAGCGAUUCUUGGCUUUAUCAUUGGUGUAAUCCCCCAAAUACGUAAUUUCAUUAUAGGCAAUAAUGCUCCACUUCGUGUUGCGGAAGAUUCUGUUUCCAUGCUGGGUGAGGCAGCCAUCCCUACAGUCACUCUUAUAAUGGGUGCAAACCUACUUAAAGGUUUGAAAGGAACCAGAACUCCAGUGUGGACAGUUGUGGGAAUUGUAGUGGUCAGAUAUGUUUUUCUGCCUAUUUUGGGUGUUGCAGUUGUGAAAGGGGCCAUGCACUUAAGUUUGGUGCAUUCAGAUGCCUUGUAUCAGUUCAUACUUCUUCUUCAAUAUGCACUUCCUCCAGCCAUGAAUAUAGGAACCAUAGCACAAUUGUUCGGAUCUGGUGAAAGUGAAUGUUCUGUUAUCAUGCUAUGGACAUAUGCUUUAGCAUCAAUUGCAGUUACCCUUUGGUCAACUUUCUUCAUGUGGCUAGUGUCUUGAUUUUGUAUUCAUUAAUACUGUUAUUAUUAAAUGUUUUUUUUAA